CCCAGCCAAUAUUGUUGCAGAGAAGUUGCUCUUGAGAGUGGAAUAAGAGUAGAAUAUUUAGAGUAUUAGUAUUAUGUCAUUCAGUGGAAGUUAGGCUAAGUUUAGACUUCCGAAAUUACAUUUAAAUAGCCUUUUCUAGUCACAACAACAACAAACCAAUCUCGAAGCACACCAUUUUUUAGUAGAAUCGUAACUUACUAGAAAACAAGUGAACCACAACGGCGUCAAAUAUGUACAAUCCAUAAAACACUAACGUGCCCUCGGCGUACAAACUGGUGAUGCGCAGGCGCUAUGACCGUCAGACUUUAUUUAUGUCGGAUCCAAGAUGGUGACGAUGUGGGGGGAGUUGUGAUACCAAACCGGGGAUUGGAGACUAGGAAACCGGGGGAACAAAGAACGAGUGGCUGGGUGAGAGAGGAUGGAUACAAGUAGGAAAGUGCCCUUUAUCACUCUGUCUUCUGGUGACGUGCCAAGGAAGAAACGUGUUGAAGAGGAAGGCGGCCUGAAAAAAGAUUCACACCAGGAGCAGCACCCCAGUGAGGUUCAAGAGAAGGCAAUCCGAUUAGAAUUGAAACUGAGUGAACCCACGGACAAAAGCUGUUCCGAGUUUAUCUAUACCGAAUUAGUAAGGUCUGCAAGAGUACGGCACCGCAAUUCUCAGAAUCCUGUGGUAAAUCCCAAUGAUCCAUUCAAUGAUGAUGAACGAGAGAAAAAGGAGGUAGAAGCCCUGGCUCGGAAAUUUGAGGCCAAAUAUGGUGGGAAGAUUUACAAACAUCGGAAAGAUCGUAUGCAAGAUCUUAUUGACAUUGGAUAUGGUUAUGAUGAGACGGACCCCUUCAUUGAUAAUUCUGAAGCUUAUGAUGAGCUGGUUCCUGCUUCUCUCACAACAAAACUUGGAGGGUUUUACAUCAACACUGGGACUUUACAGUUCCGUCAAGCUUCCGAAUCAGAUGAUGAGGAUCGUGCUGUGAAUGCGAAACCAAAAAUACCCAGGAUAUCCAGACUGAAGGACGGAAAUGAGAGGGUGAUUAAAAAACGGAAAAGAAAAGAGGAAAGUGGCGAAAGAGAAACUCAACAAAAGUUGAAACUUUCUAAACAAAUGGGUGUCACUCCAUUGAAUGCUCACAAACCUAAGAAAAAGAAAGCGUACAAGGAUCUGGCAGAAAUGAUCAGGAAGUUCCAAAAGGAGAAGGAAGCUUUGCUGAAAAAAGACUCUAAUCCAAAACCACCAAUGACUGUAUCCCUCAAACCACCAGCACCUUCAGCUAACACAGAUAUUAGUGACUUAAAUCUUGGCCCAGACCCUGAACUCUCUUUUCCAAAUGAGCUCCUUCAGGAAGCUGCCAGUGCCUUUGAUCUGCUUGAAGAUAUUGAUUUUGAUAAACUGUUGGACAGUGCUACAGAUGGCGGCAGUCCUGGUUCUGAAUGUGGGGAAGAGAACGGGAAGUCUUCUCAUACAGAUAACACAACUUUGCAAGUAACUAUCCCAAAGCAAAUACCUCCCCUACCAGAAGGUCUGCCUGUUUCUCUGGAGAAGCGGAUUGAGGAUCUCCGAGAGGCUGCAAAACUGUUUGAUGAAGAAGGUCGGAAGAAAUUCUUCACCCAGGAAAUGAAUACCAUUCUUCUAGAUAUUGAACUGCAGCUGCAGGAGCUGAACCCUUCACUUAGUGAUGGAGUCUACUCACAUCUGGAAGCCUUUGUACCCUGCAAUAGAGAAACAUUGAUUAAAAGAUUGAAAAAACUUCACCUUAAUGUGCAGGAUGAUCGUCUGAAGGAACCUCUCCAGAAACUGAAAGUGGCUAUCACAAAUAUGAUGCCUGAACAGUUAGUACGGUAUCAGGAGGUUUGCCAGGCACACAGUCAGGCCAGAUUUGCAAAGAUGCAGGCUGGUGAAGAUAAAGAAAAAAAUGGGUCUGAAGAGGAGGAUGAUGAAAAACCGGGCAAGAGAAUUGUGGGUCCAAGAAAGAAAUUCCGGUGGGAUGAAAAUGCCAGAUCUCUGUUGUGUAACCUGAUCAGAAUUAAACUGGGAUGCUAUGAACUGGAACCAAGUAAACCACAGUCAGUUGAAGAUUACUUGAAGGCAUUUAUGGAGACAGAACUCAAGCCUCUAUGGCCCAAAGGAUGGAUGCAGUCUAGAAUGCUGUUCAAGGAAAGCCGAAGCGUUCACAGGCAUUUGACUGCAGUUCCGUCCAAAAAGAAGGUGAUGCUUGCUCCCAAACCAAAACUUAAGGAAUCCAGCCCAAAGAAAGAGCAGAAGACCAUAACACCUUCUACAGUGACUCCAAUGACGACUUCUGGUUCGGCUCCAGUGACAACUUCUGCUACAGCAUCUCUUAUUCCAACAUUGAGCUCUGCAACAUCAAGUACACCAGUUUCUAGUGCUGGCUCAACACCAGCUGCUGAGGCAAUAUGCUUGGAUGACUCUCUUGAUGAAGCUCUUUCUGUAAAACCACCUUCAUUGGAAUCAAUUUCAGAAGCAUUAGCAGUUCUCAAUAAUGCAGCUAAAGGCAUCCACAGCAUUUCAAACUCUGAUACUGCUGUUUCUAGACCCCGCUCAUCACUGAGAGAAGAAAAAUUAGCCACCAUCAUGAGCAAACUCCCUUUGGUUAAUGCUAAAACAUCAGAAUCAACUCAGGUUUCUGCUCCAGCAAGUCUUAUUGCUGGGCAUGUUGGCUCAUUGCCAAGUAAGCCCCAAGAUCCUCCUCCAGCUGGUGUUGGUCAAGGACUGAUUGCUGGGUCAUCAGCACAAAGUUCAAAGAUUCCUUCGGAUGCUUCCUCAGCUAAACUGCUUCAGCAAGGAGCUCAACGGUCAUCUUCACCUCAGGUCUCUUCUGUAUCACAUGGUCAGGUGACUAAGAUGCAUCAACAGUCAGCCAUGCACCAAAACAAUUAUGUUUCCCCUUUGCAAGCAACUAUCAGCAAAUCACUUACCAACCCUGUUGUCAGGUUAACUAACAAUCUUCAGUUGUCAUCUUUGAUGAAACCUCAAGAGAAGCAGUCUGCAUACAGGUCAACAUCGUCAUCAUCGUCAUCUUCAUCACCUUCAUCUGGAAGUAGCCCCAGUGUUUCCCACUCCUUAGCUUCCCGGACAGCUUCAAGCCCUUCCAAUUCUAGUGCCUACUCAUCCAAGGGUUCAGGGGCUCACGUUACCAACCAGGCAUUUAAGCCCCCCUUCUCUGUAGUUUCUACAUCAAAACAUAGCACAUCUCCAAGUUCAUCUAGUUCAGGCUCACCUGAUAUCCAGAGUAAUACUCUUCAUAAGCAGUCUGGAGGGAUUAAUAACAACAGGCAGCCAUCUGCUAGUUUGCUAGGUAAUAAUCGUUCAUCAAGUGGACAGUCUGUGAAACAUCCCCAUGUUACUUCCAAAUUAACCAAUCCUUUAUCUGGAAUAUCAAAUAAAAACAUCACUGGAACUGUUACCAAAAGCACUUCUGGAACUGUUAGCAAAAGCACUUCUGGAACUGUUAAAAGCAGCACUACUGGUACUGUUAGUAAACAUACUUCUGGAACUAUUAGUAAAAACACCACUGGAACUGUUAGUAAGAGCAGCUUAAGUGGAACUAGUAUAAGUUUGCCUGUUAGCAGAAGUAAUAUUAAUUCCAGUGGAACUAAUCAUAGGACUAGUGGGUCUGGGGGGACAGGAAGUGGAAUUACUAAACAACUGUCAAAUCCACAUAGACCAACUUCUUCCUCAGUGACUUCAUCUUCUUCAGCUGGUGUUCAGACGGAGGCCAAAGUCAAGGGGAGUCUAAGGUUCAGCGCAAAAUACAAUGAUUUCCUAAAAGUGGGAGAACCUGAAGAAAUUUUGAAUGAUCAUAAGAGGCCAUUUAUAGUAUGGCUUCCUGGUCAUAUGACUGCUUUUCCUGUCAAUGUUUACAUUCUUUGACCCCAAGCACUGUGGUGAGAGGGAAAUACUUGAUCAAAGCAAAAUGGAGAAUAUUAUUUCACAUGAACUUGGGAGACAACUUGAUCUUUGUAUAAGUAAGCCAGCUGCUGUUUAGCAGGGCUCUCUACAAGCCACAGAGCUACUCAGGUGACAUGUAAUGUUUCUGGAGGAAGUGGUUUUGAAAGGUCUUUUCAAAAUAUUGGGCCUAAUACUGACUUUUGUCUGUUUGGGACAUUUUCAAUAUGUUGCUUUGACUUGUGUACUAAAGUAUGGCCCAUCUCGGUCUGUGCUGUUAUGAUGGAGAAAAAUCAACCCUUUUGUACAGUCCUGUUUUAGAAGAUUAUAUUAAUGUUUGCUUUCCUUCAUUUUGAUUAAUGGGUUCUUGUCAAACCUCUUCCUAGAAUGCUUUUAUUCUGCUGCUAAACCUGGAUUCAUCCUUAUACAACUUUAAUUUCUUACCACAGAUUUAGUUUUCACUGUCCUGUGCUCCCACCCAUUUGCAAGUAUGAUUUUUGAACUCAGCGCCAUUGGAUCAGUUUUGCAACGUCUAACAGCCUAGUGCAUCCAGAAUGUUGUUGUCAGUUUGUUUUCUUAUAUAGGAUGAGAGUGAAAGGAUUUUAGUUCUCUAUAUGCCACUCUUUUUUUUUUUUUUUUACUGAUAGUACCCGUUUUCUAAGGUUAUAAACCACUGUGUCCCAGUUUGGAAACUCUCUUUUGAAAGAAAUUUAAGUCAGUCAUGUUUGAAUUACAGCAGCCAUUAUUACUUUGUCAUAUUUUUGUUAUUUAACAUCUUCCCUUCCAGGUUUGUGGGAAACCCUGUGUUGCACAAGAACACAUUAUCUUUGUAUCCAUGUAUGAUGUAAAGGACCAGGUUUUUAGGUUGCUGGACGUACCCACCAGAGUUUUAAUUAAUUAAAGAUCGUUGCUGAUAGUUAUUCAUGGGAAGGAAGCUGAAGAAUUCAAAACCUAAUCUUUGUACUGGUUAAUUAAACAUUUGUCUUUCCUUGACUUACUGGUCCCUACUAUAGCAUAAUCAAAUGAAUUAAAUGCUGGAAAAAAAAAGCAGAACACAGUCUUGCCCAGAUCUUACACUUCUUAGGGAUUUUAUAUACCUAUGUUUACCAUUGUAAUACUUGCCUAGAUGAUUUUUUUUAAGUACAGUUUCUUUCUCCUGAUGUCUGUUGUAAGUUCGCUUUUGAAGCAUCUUCAUUGCAGUGCUGUAGAAACAAAAAUGUAUAUGAAUGUGGCUGGACACAUCAUUCCAUUUUAAAUUGGGAUAGUUUAGAAGUUUUAAAUCUCUUAGCACUGCAUCUGAGGUGUGGGGGCAUAUCCUUCAGUUUUGUCAAUGUGAUUUUUCCCCAAAUUUUCAUUCCAGAAUUGUGAUGCUUGCUUUUGUCUAAAGUCUCUUACCUACUUUAAAAUGUUUUCAUAACACCUUUCAGUUCAUCAGUUUGUAGCACAGUUUAGUUUUAUUUUCCCUUUUUUGUGGCAAAUGAGUUAAUGCUCCUUUAAGAUUUUGUGGACCAGCAAGAAUACCUGUGGAUUUCUUUUAUUUCUGGAAAGUGGUAUGUGUAUUAAUAAAGUAAAUCAUAUUCUGUCAUAAUAACUGUAGUUAAGGGAAGAAUUUAUAUCUGUAUAACCGACACAUUAUUUAAUUGGAUGGUGUGCUUGGCUUGUGCAUGUUUAAGCUACUUUCGGAUAAAAUGAUGCACAGAGUUAGUAUGUGUCUGGAUUUAGUUGCAGAUUUCAUUUGGGGAAAAAUGGCAGAGAUCUGGUGGAAAAUUUGUAUUCUUUGUUGUUCUGCCAUUUUAAGUAAAAUGCUACACCAGUUAGACUGGAAAAGAAUAAGGGCUGUAUUGUAAAGGGGGGGGGGGGUCAUGUUUUCAUAUUAUAAUUUGAUGACCUUUCUACUAGUGCUUGGUUUAGUUAUGCAAGCAUACCUUGGAGGUAUUUGCUUCACAAAACAAGUUUAUAGUAUUUUUUAAACUCUGUAUUCUGCUGAUAAAGACUAGCUAGCUAAAAAAUUUUGGUGCUGUUACAGCCUUUUUCCUUUCAGGAGUUUGUCACUGUGUCCUAUUGCAUUUCACAGGGAAUCAAAAAUAUGCAGAAAGAGUGGCAGUUAAGGAAUAGCAUGGAAUGUAACUGCAUUAUUAUUUUAAGUGUACAGACUUCUAAGAUGUAGCUUUUAUGUUUAUGUUCUUCCCCCGCAUUUGAACAUCUGUCUGUAUUUUCGUUUGCACAGAAUUCAUAACCACAGGCUGGUGGCCGUUUUAUAAAUUUUCUGUUAGUGGGCAUUAAGUUCCUUGUAUUUUUUAAUCUGGCAAGAUAAAAUAUCAUCUUAGGUGUAAGAAAGCCAAUUAAAGAACCCAGCACAUGAGUAAUUUUCAGUAGGUGCAGUAUUUCCAAUAGGUGCAGUAUUUUUAUCUAUUGGCAGCACAUUUAUGGCAUGUUAUAUGCCCAGCACUUAGUGUAGAGGACUUUUGAUAAGUUAUUGCUAAAAUAGUUUGAUGUGUUGAACUGGGGCAAUUAGAAAAAAAAAUUCCUCGUGAGGUAAUGUAAGCACUUGAUCAUAAAAUAGAUAAGUAAAAGUAUGUUUUAAUUAGUCUCCCUUGGUCUUGUAUUAAAACUAUGAUUUUGAACCCAUUGACAAAAGUAGGCCAGAAUCACAUAUUUUUUAGCUCUCUAGUGCAUUUCAGAACUAGUUUAUACUUUAAGACUCGCAUGGUUAUUGUGGCCUACUUUAUACCUUCUUUCAGCAACUGGGAAAGCACACUGAAUUACCUUUUCUGUGGUUGGAGAGCAAGUUGUCUGACAAGACUGUCUAGUGACAGAAUCUCACAUUCUCUGUAACACUCUGAAGACUUUGAAAACAGAGGGACCGGAAUUUGGCUGGGAGAAGUAUCAUUCCUGAGAGCUCACCUAUAGUUUCUUUAAAUUACUUAUUUUAUCAUCUUUUGCUGCUACAUUCGUAUAAAAAAAAAAAAAAACAUUGGGUGUAUUUAUAUGUUUGGUUUGUGUAAUAUACUUCACAGUUUGUUGGAAAUACUAUCUUAAAAAUUAAUUAUAAAUAACAUAAGAACAUCAGAAGUCAAAGUACAAUAUCCCUUGUAAUUGAGAAAUGGGAAAUAUUCAGUUCUGUGCCAAAAUGUUUUGCAAGUUUCUACCCUCUGGACUGGUGAUGAAGAAUUCUGUUGUAAAUCAGGAUGUACAGGGUGGUUGACUAAAGUGCUGCUUGAAUAUUUUAUGCAAUAGUUCUUUUUUUCUUUUUCUUUGCUGAACAGUUACAUCAGAACUGAAAAUUUUAUACUGUAUUACAGUAGUAGCCUUGUAAUUUGACAUACAAUGUCAGCAGCUAGAAAGUAUCCUGAAUCAGUUCUCUUAUUUGGUAUGAAAGUUAUUUUAGUACAUUAAUACAAUUUUCAUUAAUUAAUGCCUUUGGUAGCAUCUGCUGUACAUUUUCCUGUUUGUAAAACAGUGUAAGCUAUUUCAUUUUGGAUAUUACAUGCCCAAAAUGUAUGUUAAUAAAAUUCCAAGCAUUGUAAAGAA